AUGCGUCUUGACAACGCAGACGGCGAUGGUGAAGCGGGCCUAUAUGAGAUUGUCGGGCUGUCGGAGGCGAUGAGCUCCAUACGAGAAGUGACGGGCUACGUGUUGGUGGCGCUGAACCAGUUCGAGUACCUGCCGCUGGAGAACCUGCGGAUCAUCCGGGGCACGAAGCUGUACGAGGGCCGCUACGCUCUGGCCAUCUUCCUCAACUACAGGCGGGACGGCUUCUACGGCCUGAGGCAGCUGGGCCUGCGCAACCUGACGGAGAUCCUGAGCGGCGGCGUCUACGUGGACCAGAACAAGUUCCUGUGCCACGCCGACACCAUCCACUGGCGCGACAUUAUCAAGAACCCCCAGGCGGAGCUGUUGGUGGUUCCGUCCAACAACAGCAACAACGGAUGCAGGCGCUGCCAUCGCUCCUGCAUCGGACGCUGCUGGGGGCCUCAGGAAAGCCAGUGUCAAACAUUGACAAAAUCGGUGUGUGCAGAGCAGUGUGACGGUCGCUGCUUCGGGCCUUACGUCAGCGACUGCUGCCAUCGAGAAUGCGCCGGCGGCUGCUCUGGCCCCAAGGACACCGACUGCUUUGCCUGCACCAACUUCAACAACAGCGGCGCCUGCGUCACCCAGUGCCCCCAGCCAUUCGUCUACAACCCCACCUCCUUCCAGUUGGAGCCCAACCCCCGAGCCAAGUACACCUACGGAGCCUUCUGCGUGAGGAAAUGCCCCCAUAACUUCGUGGUGGACCACAGCUCCUGCGUCAGAGCGUGUCCCAGCAACAAGAUGGAGGUGGAGGAGAACCGCAUCAAAAUGUGCAUCCCAUGCACCGACAUCUGCCCUAAAGUGUGCGACGGCAUCGGGACGGGCAGCCUGCAGACGGCUCAGACCGUGGACGCCAGCAACAUAGACAAGUUCGUCAACUGCACCAAAAUCAACGGCAAUCUCAUCUUUCUCAUCACCGGCAUCAAAGGGGACAUGUACCACGGCAUCGGACCUUUGGACCCGCAGCGUCUCAGCGUCUUCCGCACUGUCAAGGAGAUCACAGGAUACCUGAACAUCCAGUCUUGGCCUGAAAAUAUGACGGAUCUGAGCGUUUUCUCCAACUUGGCGACCAUCGGAGGCCGAUCUCUUUAUAGUGGGACUGGCAUUUCUCUGCUGAUCCUGAAGCAGCUCUGGAUCUCCGCCCUCCACUUCCAGGCCCUGGACGAGAUCAGCGCCGGGAAUGUCUACAUCAUGAACAACACCCGCCUCUGCUUCUACAACACUGUCAACUGGACGUCGCUCUUCAGGACCUCCAGCCAAAAGGUCGUGGUCCGCAACAACCGGGACCCCAAGGAGUGCACUCAGCACCGGAUGGUGUGCGACCGCAUGUGUUCGGACGACGGCUGUUGGGGGCCGGGGCCCGACCAGUGCCUCUCCUGCCGCUUCUUCAAACGAGGCCGCACCUGCGUGGAGUCCUGCAACUUGUUUGACGGGGAAGCGCGGGAAUUCGCCAACGGAUCCGUGUGCCUGGACUGCGACAGCCAAUGCGAGAAGAUGUACGGAAACAGCCUAACGUGUCUCGGCCCGGGCCCAGACCAGUGUGUGAAAUGCCUUCACUUCAAAGACGGGCCCAACUGUGUGGAGAAGUGCCCCGACGGACUGCAGGGCGCCAACAGCUUCAUUUUCAAAUACGCCAAGGCCAACAACGAGUGUCAUCCCUGCCACGCCAACUGCACCCAGGGGUGCAUCGGGCCGCGGCUCCAGGACUGCGUGGGGAUGAUGGACAGGACGCCGCUGAUAGCAGCCGGCAUCAUCGGGGGUCUGUUCAUCGUCGUCAUCCUGGCGCUGGGCGUGGCCGUUUACGUUCGACGCAAGAGCAUCAAGAAGAAGAGAGCCUUGAGACGCUUCCUGGAGACCGAGCUGGUGGAGCCUCUCACCCCCAGUGGCACCGCCCCCAACCAGGCUCAGUUGCGCAUCCUGAAGGAGACGGAGCUGAAGAGGGUCAAGAUCCUGGGCUCUGGAGCGUUUGGAACUGUCUAUAAGGGCAUCUGGGUCCCGGAGGGCGAGACGGUGAAGAUCCCCGUCGCCAUAAAGAUUCUGAGCGAGGCCACGGGUCCCAAGGCCAACGUGGAGUUUAUGGACGCGCUGAUCAUGGCCAGCAUGGAGCACCCCCACCUGGUGCGCCUCCUCGGCGUGUGCCUGAGCCCCACCAUCCAGCUGGUCACUCAGCUCAUGCCCCACGGCUGUCUCCUGGACUACGUCCACGAGCACAAGGACAACAUCGGAUCGCAGCUGCUGCUCAACUGGUGCGUCCAGAUCGCAAAGGGGAUGAUGUACCUGGAGGAAAGGCGGUUAGUCCACAGAGACCUGGCGGCUCGGAACGUGCUCGUCAAGUCCCCCAACCACAUCAAGAUCACCGACUUCGGCUUGGCCCGGCUCCUGGAUGCCGACGAGAAGGAGUACAACGCAGACGGGGGCAAGGUUGGUAUGCCCAUCAAGUGGAUGGCUCUGGAGUGCAUCCACUACAGGAAGUUCACCCAUCAGAGCGACGUGUGGAGCUACGGAGUGACCAUCUGGGAGCUGAUGACAUUCGGAGGCAAACCGUACGACGGCAUCCCCACGCGGGAGAUCCCAGACAUCCUGGAGAAGGGCGAGCGACUGCCGCAGCCUCCCAUAUGCACCAUCGACGUCUACAUGGUCAUGGUGAAAUGCUGGAUGAUCGACGCAGACAGCAGGCCCAAGUUUAAGGAACUGGCUGCAGAGUUCUGCAGAAUGGCCCGUGACCCCCAGCGGUACCUGGUCAUCCAGGGAGACGACCGCAUGAAGCUGCCCAGCCCCAACGACAGCAAGUUCUUCCAGAGCCUGCUGGACGAGGAGGACCUGGACGACCUGAUGGACGCCGAGGAGUACCUGGUGCCUCGAGGUUUCAACAUGGCCGCCGCGUCUGGCUCCGCGAGGCCCCGCGUCGACUCCAACCGAAACCAGUUUGGCUAUCGGGACGGGGGCCCGAACACGAUGGAGGGGUCUCUGGUGGGGGCCCAUGGUGGAGGGAACCAGGAGGCAUCCAGCAGCCAGGGCCCGGUUCUGGAGGACCAGCGCUGUAACGGGAGCCUCCAUAAAAGCAGCCAGAGCCAAGCCGGGGCGGAGGACCCCGGCGCCCAGAGGUACAGCGCCGACCCCACCAUCUUCCUGGGGGACAGGACGUCCAGAGGGGACACCGACGAGGUCGGCUACAUGACAGCCAUGAAGGACAAGAGCUCCUCAGAGUACCUGAACCCCGUUGAGGAGAACCCGUUUGUAUCCAGACGUAAAAACGGUGAGAUCCAUGCCUUGGACAACCCGGGCUACCACAGCACGCCCAGCAGUCAGCCCAAAGGAGAGGACGAGUACAUCAACGAGCCCCUUUACCUCAACACCUUCCACAGUCCUGCUGAGCUGGGACUGGAAGCCCUGAGAAGGAACGGUCUCCCCUUACCCAGCAUGCCUCCGUCCUCCAUCUCAGCCUCAACGCCAGGCUCCCACCUGCCGCUCACUAUUCAGACCAGUCUGCCCCACUACACCCUAUCCUCAGCCCAGCCGUCUCCGGCCGGCCUGCCCUGCCUCCAUGCUCCAGCAGCUCACAUCCUCCACGCCCAUAACGCCAUCAAACCUGCAGGGCUGACUGGAAAUCCAGGUGGCUCCAUCCCUCCCAGCCAAACAGGAACUUCUGCUCCAGCCCCGGUGAGCCAAACAGGUUCCCUGUCCACCUCAGCCACCCUGGGCCACGGUAGCCUGCCAGCCUACCAGAGCUACACCACCUCCCAUCCCGGCAGCCUGCUGAAGCAUGGAGGGCAUACGUCAGGGAAGGCUAGCGGGAAGAAGCUCAAGGUAACCUUUGACAAUCCUGAAUAUUGGCAGCACAGCUUGCCUCCAAAAUCCUCCUUACAGGUGGCCCCUGAGGGAGCCCAGGGAGGCCCCGCCAACGCCAAGCUUUUCUACAAGCAGAAUGGACACAUACGGCCCCCGGUGGCUGAAAACUCUGAGUACAUGUCUGAAUUUGCCCUGAAGUCCGGCACCGUUCUGCCGCCUCCACCCUAUAGGCAGAGAAACACUGUGGUCUAGAUCAUCCACCAGCUCUAGCCUCCUGCCACCCAGACAUCCUUUCUGGUUCCACCAUCAGUGGCGUCAAAGACCCGCCUGACUCUUUCCAGAGAUUGCGCCAUCUGCUGUAGCAACAUCCAAAGGAGUUGGACAGGAACAACCAACUCAGACACCUUCCCUAUAUCCAGUCCAUUUCCGUUUUUUUGUAGAUAGAGACUAUCUUCCAGCGCAUUGAGACGGCCGAGGCAACAAAGAUCAGGCGACGAAAGAUGGAGGCAUUCUGUGAUGUUGGCGCACAACUCUCAGACUUAAAAGGAUCAAACUCUGGGGUCAUGAACUCACUGCCAGCCACCUCAGUGUUACUUUUGUGAGAGAAACACAAGGUUUUCUGUUAUUUUCCAGCAAAAAAAAAAAAACCUUACAAAGCCAGAAGAUGAGCAAUAGAUUCCGAAACAAGAAAAAUUAGUCAGGUUUUGCGAUGAAAGAAAGCAAAACGAGGGAAACUGAGGCAGAGUUUGGUUUAGUUUUUGGAGAGAGCAGCAGAAUCAAAGCUAUCAGCUAUAUUCAGUGUUUUUGCCUUCCGGAUUAUACCGCGUGUUCUUGACUUUUCCAUUGAAUAUGUGAAACCCAUCUAAUCCUACUGUUACUGUGAUACUGUGACGGCCAGAACUACAGUGAUCUCUUUUAUUUGUAGUUCAACCACAAACUGUAAACUAAUCGCCUGAAAAUCUCCUGGGCAACAACAGCUUUUUUUUUUUUCUUUGUUGUAAACUUUGGAGAUUAUGAUAAGAACAAUGAAGGAACAAAAACAAAAAAAAAGUACACUGUUAUUACUUUUCUAUACACUGGUUCCAGUGCGGAAAAGCUGCAUUUUUGACACUGGUUUUCCAUUCACACCGCAACGCGAACUUUGAGGAGUAAAUGUUGUUAUGGAAAUUGUUGCAUCCAGCCAAAAUGUGUGUGAAGAUCGUCCAAAGAGGGUCAGAUCUCAAAGUGCUGAUCACAGAAUGUCAGACAUCUAGUGGGAGGAUGAGGGAAGCCGACUAAUGAAGACCUCAAGGAAUGAAGAAGGCAGCACCAGCAGAGCACAGACUACUUUUUAAUGUGUGGAUCUGGGUUUGCAUCAGUGUGACUGGGAUGAGUGCGUGUGUGUGUUUGUUUCAACAAGCCAGCCUGGCCCCUUUGAGAACGAGAGAAAAACAAGUUGCAGAAAUGAGCCGCAGUGUAAUUGACAGCUACAGAUAUCAACCAGCAGCAGGCCUAAACAAAGGCUUUUAGAUGUACGGAUAAUGAGAAAUCAAGGGUCAACCGAAGGCUCUUAGAGCGGGCCAGUGCCAACAAAUCUCAAGAAACAUUUCAAAGUCCCCGCAAAUCUGCUUUGUUGAGUUCAGGAACGCGAGGUUUCACACUGGAUCUGUCGACAAACCCUUCACAGGCAUCGAUUUGGUCCUGAAAUGUUGAUGGAAGCCAUGUUUUUUUUUUUUUGACGUUCUGGAAGCCGUUUCAUGGGUAACAUAAACUACGUUACUCAUAGGACACCAAUACCUUAAACUCUUUUAAGUUAACCUACCAGCUAUCGGGUGGUGUAGCAUUGCGGUUAGCUUGUUAGCUUUAGCAACAUGACUGACCAUGUCUUCACUUUGUAACUUGAAGCUCUGUACACACUUAAACUCUGGCCACACCAGCACUUCCUCAAGCAUCUCCUUAAAAUUGUUGAGGUAAAACACCUUGGUGAACCUCAACACCGGUAACCAAACCACGCCUACUUCUUCUUUCCACUAGAACAGUUUUUUUUUUUAUGUUAUUGUUUUUACCAAAAUAAUUAGAAAUUUUUGUACCGAUAGUGCUUCCGUCUUUAGUUGGUGUCUGUAGGUCUAUAGGUUUCUUCACAAAGUGUCUCCUAAAUAGACACUUUGUGUCUAUUUAGGAGACCAAAUGACAACUUUGGUUUAUUAAGCAUAGUUAUGAUGACCUAAAAGACCAAGGACAUUUUCUGUUAAGCAUGUAAUUUGCUUAAUAUUGGUUUAAUAAAUGAAUUAGUUUGACUGGACUCGGACUAAAUGGUUUAAAAAACCUUUACAUAUUAUUGGCCUUGAUGCCAUACAGUCCAACCGGGUUCCUAGGGCCUUUGGGAGAGAAGCUAGCCCACAGCACCAUAGAUCCUCCACCGUAUUCAACAAUGAACAUGAGGUGGAAAUACUCUUGGUUUAUUUUAGUUGUAUGUUUGGCAUAAGUAGUUGUGUAAAAAACUGGAAUUUGUAAUAGUUAAACCUUUCACCUUUAAUUGGGGUUGCUUUUACUUUUUUUUUUUUCUAACAUAACGUUGGUCUCCCUCCCUCAGAAACUGUACAUAUUUUUAAAUUAUUCAGCAUAGCCUCAGUCCAAAAAGAAACCCACAGAAACAGAGCCGUUUGAUCAGAGCCGAAGUCAAACGUGGCGAAAGCUUCAGAUUUUCUGUUAUAAAUACGCAAAAUCAAAGCACCACAACUGUACCGUAUUAUAUCAACUGCUGCCAAAAUAACCUAACACAGUGAUUAGUAACAAUGACUUUUUCACACUUGUUUUCAGUUUUGAAAUUAAGACUAAUUAAUAAAGAAUGCUAAGCUAAUAUUUUGAACAGAUUUAUACGCACAUUUUACGUUCUUGUAGCGCCAUAAGUCAUUUGAUUGAUUUGUCAUUUAUUUAAACAGAUAACAGCCUCUAGGCAAAAUCCACGGAUCCAUUUCAGCGUGUGUUGACGGCGUCAUUAAAUGUGUCCCCCUGUAUUGUUCAGAAUACCUGUGAAAAAACAAUCGGUUCCUCUUUCCUCUCAAGAAAACAGUCGUUGAGUUCGACAACGAUGCCGCUUCGGGCAAACUGCCACCAAGGAAGAAGAAUGUUGGUGUUAAAAGUUUUUAAAUGGCUAAUAUUGUUCACUUUGUAUUGCUCAGCAUUAAAACUGCCUUUUCAGGUGGUGGAAAACUCCAUCUGAGCUAUUUUCUUAUUUACCUUCCUGACAGUUGUAAGCUGACAGGAUUUGACGAUGCACUUGUGAAAGCCUUGUACGUUUUUCAUUUCCCCGGAGCGCUUUGAUCAGAGACGCGGGUAGAAAUUGUCUGUUUCCAUCUUGUCCCACUGAAAUAUUCAACAUGUUUUUCUGCGAGUUUAACACGUAAGAACUCAAAUGUUUAAGCUUGAAUUUGAGGAAAGUGAUGCGUUCACUUUCCUCAACGUCAAAUGUGUGAGGGGGUAAAAUGUUCUUGUUCCAAUGUUGUUGUUUUUUUUAUGUUUAAUGUAACCAGAUUAUGACUAAUUCAUAAAGUAGUAUCUUGCAGCCACUUUUGGAGCUCUUAAUUGUAUGGAAAAGAAACUGAAUUUAUAAUCAAAGUAAAAAAUUUAUAACUUCUUUCAGCUUAUUUACACAGAGCAAAGGAAGCAACACUCAGUUCCAGGAUUUUGAACUGAAAAAAAAAGACUGAGUGCAAAUGAAGACAUGCACUAAGAUAAACUUCAGGAAAAGGCAAAAUAUAUAAGAAACGACCAAGACCAAGAGGACAACUUAAUUGUAAAAAUACAGUGGCUCUAUUUUAACCCAAUCCAGUUUUUAUUGACGUGGUGGUCUUUUCGGAGCCCGGCUGGACUUUCAGCGUCGAUGAAAAAAUUAUUUCUUUUUGUGAAGGAAAUGAUUAUUUUCGCUACACGUUUCAAAUAUAUCUUGCUUUGAUCCGGGGCAGUGUUACCUAACGCUAUGGCCGGAGCAUUCGGGUGACUCAGAGCAACAAAAACAGCCCUCAAACCGAUGGGUUUAUUUAAUCCAAGUCCACACGUACACAUCUUUUUUUAUGUAACUUUCUGUAUGGCUUCUUAUUUGGGUUUUAGUUGCAAAAAUCCUUGAAAAAUAUUUUUGAGCAGUUGGUUUCGUUGGCACAGAAAAUGGGGAGCCCCAGAAGGCACCUUUGUGUUUUUACAGGCAGAUUUUUUCUGUUCGGACAGAUUUCUUUGUUAUUUUAGAACACACUCGCAUGUGUGUGAAUCUCAAUGUUUCUUUUGGAAAACCUGGUUUGUACUGCUGGCAUGAAUAACCCAAAUACGAUCUGUUGUUUUCACGGCUGGAGUUUUUUUUUUGUUUGUUUUUUUUCUCCAAAGUUUUCUUCCAGCCUAAUUUUUAUCUCGUGAAUUUAAUUUUAUGUUACUGUUUAAGCAACAGCUCAAAGGCACGUUGCCUUGUUCCAAACAAAAUAGCUUUUUAACACUUGCAUAAAUUCACCAGUUUUGGCUGUUGCCAUUAAAAACCUGAACACAGGAAGGAUGGAUACGGGUAACGUUUCUUACAAACCCAAUAAUGUCUGUAUGAAUUAGUUUGAAGCUAUUGUACCAUCUAAGCCGAUUUGUACUUUAAAUAUGAAAACCAGAAGAUAAAAGAUUUCUGCUGUCUAAUGCACAGAAAGGCAAACAGCUGUGCUUGUUCACGAAUUUAGCGAAUGUAUAUUUUCCAUAUACACCAAUUUUAAACGAAGGCCUGAUGAAGACCUUCAACGUAUAACUAAUAUUUUAUUUAAUAACUUAAUUGUGAGCUUGGACCAUAUUAUUUAAAUGAAUUUGUACAGUACGCCCAGAAGGCGCGAAAGACACUUUUAAAAAAAAAGAACAAAAAACAUCGUUAACAAAAUAUUUUAUUUAUUUUUAUUUAAUAGUCUAACCAUGUACUGUAUGUGUGAUGGAGGCAUAAACACUGAUUUUUAAAAUAUUGUUUCGCUCUACUGAUAACCUGAAGCUACGUAGCAAAGGUCAUUUCUUGGCUGGUUUUCUCCCAUUCAGAAUAAAGCAGAGUAUGAUAUGUUGUAAAUAAUGUUUGCUUAAAGUGGUCGAGAAUAACCUUGACAUUGUUGUCCAGUGCACAACAAAUUGAACGGAUAUUUGAGCAAAUUCGACAGCACAAACCGGGACUGGAAUAUUUCAAGAGAUGCCUGUGUGUGUGUGUGUGUGUGUGUGUGUGUGUGUGUGUGUGUGUGUGUGUGUAUGUUUUCUCCAUGCCAUCAAGGACACGUAGUUCAUCCACUGUACAUUAUUUAACAUGUUUGUAAAAAAAAACUCCAACUCCCAAACUUUGAUUUAUUUAUUUUUUUUAAUCGCACAAUUUGUCACGUGAAUGAAAAGCCGCGCGCUCUUUUCCACAAUAAAAUACCAGAUGGGUGAACCUGUACAGAAUCUUUGGGGAGGGAAUCCUCCAGAAUUUAUCUACACAUACUACCACAACAAAUGUGAAUAGUAUUUUUCUAAAGCACUGUAAUGGCCGACGUGGUGAAUUUGUACAUAAAACGGGAGGCGACGCUUUGAAUUUACAUCGGCCUUUUCUCCGACUCUUGUUUUUUUUUUCCCCCCCUCCUGCUCAUCACUACUUGUACAAAAAGAGACGUACAUAUUUGCUUUCUGUGACUGUAUCUUUGGGAUGGUGGGGAUUUGAUUUUCAUAGUGCUUGUUGACCUUUUUAUCAUGUGAAACUACGUUCGGUGGCCCUCCUCCAGGCCUCAGUGGCUGUCCUCAUGGAUUUUUUUGUUGUUGUUUUAUGUAGACGCUCAAACUCUACAAAAGUGACGCAGGCAGGCUAAUAAGUGUAAUUUAAUAUUUCCGUUCACACCUGCCAGGUUAACCCACCCAUACUUACAAACAUAUUUUCCUUUUAUUUAGCACCAUAACUGUGAAACCAGUGCUGCCAACUAACCUAGACAGUGCUACUUGCUCUGCUUAGUUUCUACUAAAUAUAUUACUGAGCCAAGUUUAACUCCAUCCUUUCCCUGAAAGGCAGAGCACAUCUUUCUCGACCACUUUGUUUCCCGUUUCAUUUUUUUGCAUGCUUUUCGAGGUGAUGUGAAGGAGAGAAGCUUCUCGCCUUCGCCCUUCCACGCUUUCUCCUCUUCUCGAGCAUCUCUCUCUUCAAGUCCUUGGAAAUCACGCCCAAAGCUUUAUAUCAGAGAAAUACCCUUCCUCAUGUUUGUUACAUGAAUCUGUCAAAAGUAUAUUUUUAAUUUAAUAUAAAUAAAGAUUGAUUCUGUAUUGUU